UUAAAUACUUUUCUAAUGACAUGCAUGAAAGAAUAUUUACAUGCAUUCAUUUCCUAACUAAAACAAGCAGACGUCACUGAGGCCAAAUAAGGCAUCUUGUCUGUUUUUUUAAUGCCUAAAUGACACUAUUUUACAGCCAGAAACUAUAAAAACAGACACAAUCACUGGAUUUUAAACAUUCUAGCAACCUUUGUGUGAUGAGCUGUCAGAAAAUAUUACCAAGUUUAAGCAUCUAUUUCAUAAGAGUAGUGUGUAGGAGAGGAACCAGCAUUUCAGACAAAAAAAAUGCAAACAAUUUAGAAAUUACAAAACUAAAUUCUGUUCUAAAAUGUACAAGAUUAAAAAAUAUGCAAAAUAUGGUCUUUAAUAAGAAAAAUUCAAGUUCUGAGAUAAAAAACUAAAUGUUGAAAUUUAAAUUACAUAAUAAAUAAGAUUAUAAAUAUGGGAAAAUGUUUCAAUAUAAUUCAGAUUGUGUCCUUUGAUUUCUAAUGAGCAGCUUUGAAUAGGAAGCUGUCAUUAAACAACAGAAUAAAUCUCUGGAUUAUUAUCUUUACAACAGACCUUGAACUACUCAACUUGGGAAACGGAUAUUAAAUGUUUAUUUUUAUAAAUAAAACAGACACACCUUGCAGUUCUUCUACCAGUACUUGUUCCUGAGUUUUGCAGCGCUGCUCUCGAACUGCGAGGCUCCGGCCUGCAAGGCAUCGGCCCGGUCGUCCAGCUCUGACAGCUUCUGAUCUCUUUCCAGGGCGUUGUCCACGUUCACACGCAUGAUGUCCACCACCUGAGGACGAAAACACCCGUCAGCCUCUCCGUCAGAUUCUAUGGAUAUUUGGACUAUAUAGAUGUCAGCAUUUCAUUUAAAGCAGCAUCUGCAGUGAUUCACAAGGGUGUGUAGCAGUGGAGAAGGAAGCAGCAGCUGAAGCGUGUUAGGGUUUCCUGCAGGAGAGAGGAGGGAUGGUGGCAUUGUCAUCACAGCAGGCAAUGUUGUUUGGCAGGUAAAGCUGUGGAUUUGUUGAAACAGGCAAGAGUAGGGCUUUAUUGACUGGCAGGCUGACACAGACACAGCGAAGAACAAACUAGCUUCUUCUUCUUCUUCUCCAGACUUUGAUCAUUUGCUUAUCUUUCUGUUUUCUUUUUUUGUUUUACAUGCUGAGAGAGCCAACGUCUGCGGUGGACGAUUAAAGACCAAGUUGUCGACAUCCAUAGAGGUCGACUCCAGAAGGAGGAGCUGCUUCAGGGGCCCCGGAGGGCGAAGGAGGCCCUCCGGCUCCGGCCCCAAACCUGACCAGCAACAGACGCCUGCAGCAGACUCAGGCUCAGGUGGACGAGGUGGUGGACAUCAUGCGUGUGAACGUGGACAACGUCCUGGAAAGAGAUCAGAAGCUGUCAGAGCUGGACGACCGGGCCGAUGCCUUGCAGGCCGGAGCCUCGCAGUUCGAGAGCAGCGCUGCAAAACUCAAGAACAAGUACUGGUAGAAGAACUGCAAGAUGCCGUCAACCUGGAACCACGCGGAGCCUGAACGGGGUUUUACCGGCCGUCGUGGAAUUCAAACACGGAGGUCUUUCAUCCCCGAACCCAGUUCCAGGGGGCUGUGCACAGACUUUGGUCUCCCUCAAACUGCUCCUUAGGGUCCCAGGCUCCCACGGCAACGACCCAGCGGCCGCCUACAGCGACGCAAAGCAGGGGAGGCAGAUGUACGUCUCCUCAGCAGCUGAGGAGAGGAAAGAGUCUGCCGAGGAGGAAGAGGAGGAGGAGGAUGAGGAGGAAGACAGGGAGGAGGAGGAGGAGCAGAGACCCUUGUGUUCUGGUGUCCUGGGCUACCCGGUGGUUAGGGACCACACUCUGGGCCUCGGACUGAGCAGCACACCAGAUGAACCGGCUGGAGACAACACGCACAACCAGGAAUAUAAAGAGCUCCACGUGGACGAGUGGGUCCACCAGCACCCCGGCGACAGCAUGGAGGAGUUGGCCCAGUGUCAGGAGACGCCAGCCGGGGAGGAGGACAGUGAUACGGAUCUCACCUAUGGAGAGGUGGAGCAACGGCUGGACCUGCUGCAGCAACACCUGAACAGACUGGAGUCCCAGAUGACUGCAGACAUCCAGGGCCAUCCUGCAGCUCCUCCAGCGACAGACCACGGCCGGCCCCCACCCGCCUACAGCACUGUCACCUCCAGCCCCGAAGUACCAGAGGCCGGCCAUCAGGGUCCAGCCGGUAGUCCUGCUUCAGAGACGGGCCCCAACAAAUCCAAAGAACCCUCCCCAGUCCUCCUCCACACAGAGACUCUUCCAGAUGGGAACUUUACUGGAAGCGAGGCCGAGCAGAGACAAACACUGAAUGCCGUGGACUCGGCAGAGCAGCAGCACCAACAGCUGCCGCCAAGGUUCCCAUCAGGCCGGCAAGCUUCUCUCCCCGAUGUCCCCAGCAGCUCAGGAAUGUUGGGACUCCACAGGCCAGUGUCUGACCCGGGGCUUCCAGGAAAGUAG